AUGUUAUCUCAACUCGCCAUAUCAUUCACCCUCGCCCUCCUUCCCCUCACGCUCGCUCAGGGAGAUCUCAGUGCGGCCAACAAUCUGACAGAUCUGGAGGGAACUUGGUCGAGUAAUUCUGCGGUUUCCACCGGUGGGACAUUCUGUUCACCUGCCGAGAUGAAGUUUGAUUACCCCACCAAUACAGGAAUGUCAUAUUCAUUCACAAACGACGGUAAAUUUGAAGAAGCUCAAUACCGAUACAACUCGAAUGGGUCCAACCCAGCAUGUAUCCAAGCAGUUUUGAUCUGGCAGCAUGGAACGUACACUUUGGAAGAUGACGGUUCGAUCGUACUUCAUCCAUUUGGAUCGGAUGGGAGAGUUCAGGUGCAAGAUCCUUGUGCGGCGACCACGAACAUCAUCACGUAUUAUGAUGAAGUGACAACCUUCAAAGAUUGGGGAAUCAUUGUCGACCCGGAUACAGGAAACUAUCAAUUACGAUUAAACAAGUUUGAUGGAUCCAAAUUACCUUACAUGAACCUUAUCGCCAAACCACCCAACAUGCUUCCCACUCAAACAUUAACGGGUGUCAACGCAUCUGGUCAGACGAACACUCGAAAACGUUCGCUCACCUCUUCACCUCUCGAUAUAUUCAAAAGAUCCUCUGCGUCCAACCGAGCUUCAAUCGGCUAUAAUCAGGUGAUCGCCGUUGGGGGUGUAGUGGGGACUGUCAUGGUGGGGUUGUUAGCUUUGGUAUAA